AUGGUAAUAAAUAAUAUUAUCGAUGAAGAAAAUGAAAAGUCAAUACAUACAGAAAUUAAAUGUUUAAAAAGAAAGAAUGAAAAAAAAAAAAUUACAAAACUAAAUUGUGAUAUAACAAAUUUAUAUAAUAAAGAAUUUUUUUAUAAUAAUGAAAAUAAAAAUUUUCAAAAGAACAAUCAUUUGUUAUUAAAUAAAGAAAAUGUAAUAAACCAUCAAAAUAAUGUUAAAUAUAUAAAUAUGGAGAAUACUAUAAAUAAUAAUGAUUUAUAUAUCCCAGAUCAAGAUAACUGGGUUCAAUGUGAUUUAUGUGAAAAAUGGAGACGCUUACCACAAAAUAUAAAUAUGGAAAACUUACCAAAAAUAUGGUACUGUAAAUUAAAUAAUGAUGUAAGAUAUAAUUCUUGUGAUAUACAAGAAGAAGUAGUUAUUCCAUAUAAUUAUGAUGUAAAUAAAAUUACUGAUAAAAAUGCACUUACUUUUAAUAAUAACAAUAAUAAUAACAAUAAUAACAAUAAUAACAAUAACAAUAACAAUAACAAUAACAAUGAUUUUAUAAAAAAUGAUUGUUCUUACAAUAUUAUUAAUGCUCAUAAUAUUACAAAUCGUAAUAAUAGUAAUAGCAAUAAUAAUAUUGCUCCUUUUAAUACAGAUACCUUAUUAUAUAAGGAAAAUAAUUCUUCACAACAAAAUGUUAAUGAUUCCCUUUUUUAUAUAAAUAAUGAAAAUAACAAUAUUAUAUGCAAUACACAUUAUAAUCCUAUCUCUAAUAAUAAUUCAGAUUUUCCAUCAAAAAAAGAAUCAGUUGCAUCCUUUUGUCAUAUAAAGGAAGUGCUUACACAUAAUGAAGACAAUAAACAAAAUAAUAAUGAUAACACUUUAACAAAUGAAAUUAAAAAAGAAGAAAACAAGGAAAAAAAAAAACAAACCAAAAAAAAUAAGCAAAUGUUGCAUAAUGAAGAAGCUGUGCAAACUAUACACAAUAAUGACUUACAUUCAUUAAGUAGAGAAAAAAAGAAAAGUAAAGAUACCUAUGAAAAUAUGAAAUAUAAAAAUCUUUUAAAAAAAAAUAUAAAAAAGGAAAAUAUAAAUAAUUAUACUAUUUAUGAUUUAAAGGAAAAUCAAAAUACCCACCAAAAUGACAACAACAAUAAUAAUAAUAAUAAUAAUAAUAAUAAUAGUCAUGAUAAUAAUGGUUAUAAUAAUUCACAAGAUGUUUACUUAAAUUAUAUCCAUGUCAAAAAAACAAAGAACGAUAAAAAUGCAAACCAAGACGAUGCAACACAAAACGAUGAUAACCAAUGUCAAAAUUUACCUGAACAACCAAACAGCCAUUUUCAUAAUAUAAAUUUACAAAAACGAAAUUGUAAAACUAGAAAAAGAAAAACAAAUAAUAGUUUAUUCAAAAAAUAUAAUAGUGAUGGAGAUUUAUACGAAAAAUCACAAAAAGGUGUAAAACAAUUUAAUAAAACUAAUAUGAGUGAUACAGAUAUGAAUUCAAAGGAUAAUAUUAAAAAGUUCAAAAGUUUUUUUAAUAAAAAAAAUAUGAACAAGUCAGGUGCUUUUUAUUCUUACAUGCAUUUUAUCAUUAAUUCCAAUUUAAAACAAAAAAAAAAAAAAGAGGAGUGUCCCUUGCCCAAUGAGAAAAAAAAUAAAAAGAAAAUAAAGGAAAAUGAGAAUAAAAAUGAAACUGGGAAAGAAGACGAACAGAAAAAUGAAGAUGGAAAUGAAAACAGAAAUAUGAUUAUGAAUAAUUCCCAAAUUUUGGACAUGGAAAAACGUAAUGUGAAAAAUGGUAAAAAAAAGAAAAAAGAAAGUACGACAUAUGUGAUAAAUAAUAUAUAUACUAAAACUAAUGAUGAGGGAGAGCAAAAAGUAGAUGAGAUUAAAAAUUUGGAGACAUUGCACAUGGAUCAAAUGAAAAAUGUCAAGAGAAAAAAGAGUCAAACAAAUAAUAAAAAUAAAGAAAAUGUAAAAAUAAAAAAUGAAAAGGAUAAUGGUAAAAAUAAUAAUGAUGAAAUGUUUAAUUAUAUGGAGUAUAAUACGAAUAGUUUAAAAUAUAACAACAAUAUUAAUAUUAAUAAUAAUAAUAAUAAUAAUAAUAAUAGUAAUAAUAAUAAUAAUAGUAAUAAUAAUAACAAUUUUGAUGAUAAUAAUAAUCCAAAUGAACAAGGGGGUGGUUUAUAUGAAAAUAUUCAUAUGACAGAUAGCCAAAUAAUGAAACAAAAUAAUAUGAACAUGUCAGGAAGUUUUGCAAAUUUAAAAAAAAAAAAAAGUUCUGAUAUAUUAUUAAAUAAUAAUAUAAUUAAUAAUGUGGAUAAUACUAUUCAUACAAAUAAUAUACCUGUUAAUAAUACUACUCCUGUUGUAGUUGAUUGGGUGCAAUGUGAAUUAUGUAAGAAGUGGAGAAAAAUCGAUGGUCAUAUUAAUAUAAGUUUAUUACCAGAAAAAUGGUAUUGCUCUUUAAAUUUUUGGAAUGCUUAUAAUAAUUGUGAUAUGGAAGAAGAAAUAUAUGUUGAAGAAACAGCUAAUUUGGAACCCCUCCAAAAUAUAAAAAAUAAUGAAUAUUUAAAAGGCACACAAAUUGUACAUAAUAAAAGUAACACAAAUCAACAAAAGAAUGUAAAGGGUUCACAAAAUAAUUUGAAAAUUCAAAAAAAAGUAAAAAGCGGAAAAAAUAGUGUAACAAAUUACUUGAAUAAUAUGAAUAUUUCAACCAAACAAUCUACAGAAAAAGGAAAAAAUGAUUGUAAUAAACAUCGGGGUAGUAAAAAAUCAAAUAAGAAUAGUAUGAUGCUUAAUGAAAAUAAAUGUGAACUUGAUGAAAAUGAUAUUAAAAUAUUAAAUGAAUUAAAUAAAAAAUAUUCUAAAAUAGAUAUUUUAAAUAUAAUCUUUAAUAAUUUGCAGAAUGAUAAUGAUGAAAUGAAAAGAAAUAAUUUAAUAAAUGACUUUUUUACAAGUUCAGAUACUUUACCAUUAAAUCAAAAUAAUGAAUGUGGUAAUAAAUUAACAUUAGAUGAAUUGUUGAGUACUCCAAUAAGUGAAAAUUAUUUAUCACAAAUAAAUUAUGAUAUGAAUAAUAAUAAUAUGAAUAAUAAUAAUAUGAAUAAUUCUUAUAAUGAUGGAGAUAAAAUAACUUAUGAUGAAAAAAAUGUUAUGAAUAAUGACAAUGAGAUGUUUUAUAGAAAUAUUCUUUCAUAUUCAUGGGCAUCUCAUAAUAAUAAUGAAUUAUUACAAUCUCUAGAUGGUAUGUUAAAAAAAAAUUGUUUUUCAAAUGAAAAUUAUAAUAUAUUAAAUGAAAAGAAGGAAACGAAUGAUCAAAAUGAAAAAUAUAUUUUCCACCCAAAUAAUAAUAUAAAUAAUAAUAUAAAUAAUAUAAAUAAUAUAAAUAAUAUAAAUUAUCUUAAUAGUAGUGAUAAUUCUUGUUAUGUGGAUUUAUUAAAAAAUAGCAAAUUUAAAUAUUUUUUGAAUUAUGAAAAUAUUCAUAAAAUGUUUGAUACUUUACCUAAAUAUAAUUAUACAGCUUCCGAUGAAGAUAAUAAAAAUAUAUCAAAUCAUAUAAAUUUAAAAUAUAAAAAUUUAUUUUAUAAUAAUUCACAACCAUGUAUUAAGGAUGAUUUUACAAAUUCUUUGAGAAGAAGAUAUUAUUCAUGCAGUCGAUUUGAUAAGGAUAUAUAUAAUGACCAUCAUAUAGAUGAAGAGAGAAAACAAAGAAGUUAUUUGUCAGAUAGUGUUUUAAAAAUAAGAAAAUGUAAAAAAAAAUUAAUUCAUGUUAAACGUGAGUAUAUAUUUAAGAUAAACAAAUUGAAAAAGUUAUUACAUAGUGAAGUUGAUGAUAUAAAUGAGUAUGAAAAGAAUCCAACCUUUUAUGAAAAAGAAAAUAAUAUAAGUGAGUGUAUAAAAAAUUGUAGUACAGAUAUUUUUCCAGAUAUUGAAAAUAAAGUAAGUGAAGAAAAGGAAUUUUUUUCAUAUGAUGAAUGCAUGCUUCAAAAUGAUCCUUUAAAAUAUGUAAAUUAUCUAAGCAAGUUAAAUACUUGUAUAGACACAACAUGUAACACUGAUGAUAAUAAAAUUAUGGAUAGUUUUAAUAAUGUGUUCAAUGAAAGGAAUCAAAUAAAUGAAGAUAAUUUGUCAAGUGAUCAAAAUGGGGAUCACAUUUACGAUGAAUUAUUUAAUAAAAUGAAAAGUGAAAGGCAUAAAGGUAAUGUAAUAAAUGAACAGUCAAAGGGAAUAAUUCUGAGUGAAUCAAAUAAAUAUGAAGAUGAAAAAAUAAAAAAUAUUGAUCAAAUAAAAAAUAUUGAUCAAAUAAAUAAUACUGAUCAAAUAAAUAAUAUUGAUCAAAUAAAAAAUAUUGAUCAAAUAAAUAAUACUGAUCAAAUAAAUAAUAUUGAUCAAAUAAAAAAUGAUGACGAAAAAAAUAAUAUUGUUAAUAAUACAUAUGAAGAUAUGAACACAUUUUUUGAUAACUUUUAUUUAGAAAAAGACAAUAGUGAAAAAAUAGAUGAUGAUAAUAUUAUAAAGAAUGAUAAUAAUGAGAAUGAAAUUUGUAAUAAUUUAUUAUAUAAAAAGAAUUUUGAAUUGUUUGAAAAUAGUUUAAAAAUGUUUAUAUUAAAUGAUGAAAUGUUUCAUAAUAAUAAUAAUAAUAUUAAUAGUAGUUGUAAUAAUUAUUCUUAUAAUUAUUUUGCUGAUGAUGAAUAUAGAAUAAAUUUUAAUAAUGAUAAGAAUGAAGUGGUUAAUUUAAAAUAUGAUAACUAUUUAAAUAAAAGCAAUAUUUAUGAAACAAAUAAUAUAUCAAAGAAAGAAGAAAAUACAAAUUAUUUAAGUAAAUCUAUGGGUCAUAUAAAUUCUUUUUUUUCCUCAUCAUCUAUAUUAGAAACAUUAAAUGAUUAUUGUCUAAAUAAUAUUUUAUUAAAGGAUCAUCAAACAAAUUUGUAUUUUUCAAAUAAUAAUAUGGAAACAAAAGAUGAAAUAAAAAAAAGGAAUAAAUCGUCUAUAUUUUUAAAAAGUGAGGAUAAUAAAUUAAGUAUGGAUGAUUAUAUAAAAAUAAGAAAAUAUUUAAAUUAUUUUAAAAUGGAUAUGUCUAAUAAUCAGAAUGUAGGGAAUGACCAAGAUUAUGAAAAUUAUCCAUGUGAUGAAAAAAAUAAGGCUAAUUAUAUUACUGAUAUGAAUAACAAUAUGUAUGAUGAUAAUGAACCUUGUUAUAGUUAUAAGAAGGAUACAUCUAUAUUAAACAAUAUGACAGCUCCAAAUUUUGAUCCUCUUGAAAAAUUAUUAACUCGUGUUUCAGUAUCAAGUGUGAAAGAAAAAACAAGAAAUAGUCAUAGCAAUUCAAAUAACAAAAAGGAAAAACUCCUUCAUGUUGAAGAUAAAAAUAAUAAAAAAAAUAUAAAAUUGAAUAACUCUAAAAAGUCGUUUUUAAAAGGUGGUGUUUUAUUAAACAGAAGUGAUAGUUUUAUAAAGAAAGGUACAAAAAAUUCUUUACACAACAACAAUAAUAAUAAUAAUAAUAAUAAAAUUGAAAAUUAUGUUAGUAAUAGUAAUGUUUAUGAGAAUGAUAAUGCAAGUAGUGCGUUUCCUAGAGAUGCUUUAUUAAAUUUAAAUAAUAAGAAGGAUAAUAGAGAAAAGAAAAAGGAUAGAAAAGAUAAAGAAAAAGAAGAUGUAAUAAUAAUAAAAGAUAUAAAAAAUGUGGAUGAAGAUAAUGAAUAUAUAUCCUUUAAUGUAUGUUAUGAUGAUAAUAUAAAUAAUAUUAAAGAGUUAAUUAAGAAUAGAAGUAGUCAUCAAAAAAAUAGUGUUGAUAUGAACAAUGGAAAUUUGAUGUUAUCAGAUAAUAAUAAAAGUAAUAAUAUUUAUAUGAAUAAUAUUUAUAGUAAUAAUACUCAUAGUAAUAAUACUCAUAGUAAUAAUAUUCAUAAUAAUAAUAUUCAUAAUAAUAAUACUCAUAAUAAUAAUAUUCAUAGUAAUAAUAUUCAUAGUAAUAAUAUUCAUAGUAAUAAACUUAAUCAUAAUAACAACUCUGUUGUUAACUUAAAGAACAAGACACAAAUGUGUGACAGUGCAUGCGCAUCAUAUGUCAAAGAAGAUAAUAAUAAUAAUAAUCAAAUUAAGAUAACUAUAUUAAAUACGAACAAAUUUAAAAGGCAUAUCUUAAGCAGUAGAGUUAUAAUUUAUUCUAAAGGAGCUUCCUUAGUAUAUAAUGUUGAUGAAAUAAAUAAGAAUAGUAUUUAUUUUUAUAAUAAUGAAGAAGAAGUAUAUAUAGCGAAAGGCAAACAAAAACAUGAUGAUAUAAAUAAAGAUCAAAAUAAUGAAAUGGAAAGUAAUAAUAUAUAUCUUAAUUAUGCAAAUAAUAUUAAUUUUAAUGAUAAUGAUGAGUAUCAUAAAAAUAAUGAUGAUAAGACUAAUAAUACAUAUGAUGAUAAUAAUACCACUGAAGGAGUGAAAAUUAAAAAAAUUGGUACCUCUGUAUUUAAUUAUGAUUAUAAAAAAAUGAUCAAUGAAAUAAGUCAAUUCAAUAGUAAUAUUAAAAAACAAAUACCACAUAUAAAAUAUAAAUUUAAGAAAUAUAUUGAUACAGUUCCAGAUAAAAAAAAAAAAAUAAGUCAACGAUGUCAAAAAAGUGAAAAAAGAAAAAUGUCAGCAAGGAAUAUACAUAUUCAAGAAUUUAAUUCACUAGAUGGUAAUAUUAAUAAUAUAAUGAAUGAUCAUAUAUAUAAUGAUACUAUAAAUAAUAAUAUUAUGAAUAAGGAGCAGGAAAGACAUGUGGAAAUAAAUCAUAUAAAAAAAAAAAUUGAAAAAAUUCCAAACGAUCAUGUGAAUAAUAUAAAUAUGAACAAUAUAAAUGGCAACAAUAUAAAUGGCAAUAAUAUAAAUGGCAACAAUAUAAAUGAUAAUCAUCUUGAUAGCAUAAAAAAGAUUGAACAAAAUAUUGGUGUAUCAAAAAAUAAAAAUAAAAAUAAACAAGUCAUAUGUAAAAAUAUUAUCAAAAAAGAAAAUGACCAUAAUAUUGUGCAUGCUAACAAUGAUACUGUUGGUGAUAAAAAUAUAUCUAUUGAAAGAAAUGAAAAAUUCUUAAAAAAAAAAAAUAGCAGUUCAAAAUAUAAAAUACAUAAUAAUAACAAAUUAAAUGAAGAAAACAAAUUAAAUUAUAAUUUAAGUGAAUCCUACAAUGAUAAUAAUACACACGAAUUUUUGAAUAAUCAAACGUUUAAAACAAACAAAGAUAUAUCAAAUAAUGAACAAGUUCAUGAUGAAGAUAAAUAUAAUACAGAUAACAAAAAAAAAAAAAAUACCUUACUCAAAAAUGUGGAUAACAAAAAAAGUAAGUUGUCACAAAUGAUGGAUGGUCAAAGAGAAAUAAAAAAGAAAGAUAUACAACAGGUAAAGGAUAAAAAUAAAAAACGUAGUCUUAAAAAUGACAGUGAUGAUAAAAAGGAAGGUGAUCUUCAUGAUAAUAAUAAAGAUAAUUUUGAUGAUAAUGUAAUAUAUACAUCUGCUUCGCAUGUAAAAAAAAGAAAAACAUACAAAGAAAAAGAUAUAAAAAAAAAUGAUCAUGCUGUUUAUGAUGAUGAUGAUGUUAAUUGUGAUGAAGGUCCUUUUUAUGAUAAUAUCAUUUCUUUUAAGUUACCAAAUUUGUCAUCCAAAAAAUUCAAAACGGAUAACCUCGAUUUUGAAGAUGAUAAUAAGGAAGAGUGUCUAAAUUAUUCACUUCAUGUUAACAAUGAACAGACAGAAGAGAAUAAUAAAAAUAUAAUUAUUAAUAAUAAUAAUAAUAAUAAUAAUAAUAAUAAUUGUUAUGACGACGAAAGAAAAAACAAAGAUGAUAAUGAUUUUGAUGGCAAAAAAAGUUUGAAUGAAUCUUUUAUUAAAGAAUUAGAAGGAUCUAAUCAAGAAGAAGAGGAAUGUAAAAAAAAAUAUAUCAUGAACAAAUCAAAAAAUGUGGAUAUUAUUCAAGAGGAGGAGAUCAAACAUGCUGACGAUUCAAAAAAUAAUGAAAAUAAUAUUGACUCCUACAAUAGUGAUAACAAUAAUAAUUAUUAUUCAUCUAAAUAUGCUAAGGAAAGAGAAAGUAUACAAAAUAUUAUGUCACAAAGAAAAAAAUAUGAUAAUAAUGAUGAACUUAUGGUACAUGAUGACAUACAAGAUGAAUCAUAUUAUGAAAAAAGAAAAAUAGAUAGUGCUAUCAAUAAAAGGAAAGAAUUACAACAAGGUAUACAUGACAAGAAUGAAUUUAUUGUAAGUAAGGAGAGAAAAAGAAGUUUAGAAGAAGCAAAAAAUGAAGAGAAAUAUAUGAAAGAAAGAUAUGAUACUAAAUGUGAUGGUAGUAGUAAAUAUGGUGAUAGUAAAUAUGGAGAUAGUAAAUAUGAAGGUAGUAGAUAUGAAGGAAGCAGAUAUGGAGGUAGUAGUAAAUAUUAUGAUAGCAUUCAUGAUGGUAGUAAAUAUUAUGACAGUAUUCACGAUAACAAUAGUAUGUAUAACAAUUUAAAUAAUAUAUCAAAUAAAAAUAAAAAAAAUAUAAAUGAUAAAAAUUAUAAUUCUAUAUAUGAUACUUGUAAUAAUAGUAUAAAUUUUGAAAAAGAUCAUGAUGGAAAUUCUAGUGUUUCAUCCAAAAUGUAUUAUUUAUUGAAAGAAAAAGAAAAAAAAAAACAAGAAAAAAGUACAGAAGAUCCUAAUAGUCAAAAUGAUCAUAUGUAUAUUAGUAAUACUUACAAGAGUAAUAAAUAUGAUCAUCAUGAAAAGAAUUAUUAUGAAGACAAAAAUGUGAGAAAAGAUAAUAAAGCAUUUGAAGGUGAUCAUAAAAGAUUUAGUGAAUCAAACAAAAAUGACGAUCAUGCAUAUAAUAUAAUACAAAAGAGAAAUAAUGAAGAUUAUAAUAAGAUGUAUUAUGACAGAUAUGAUAGAUAUGAUAAGUAUGACAGAUAUGACAGACAUGACAGACAUGAUAAGUAUGAUAAGUAUGACAGAUAUGACAGACAUGAUAAGUAUGACAAGUAUGACAGAUAUGAAAAAUAUGACAGAUACCAUAAAUAUAAUAAAUAUUACAAAUACAAUUACAAUGAUGAGCAUAAAAAAAGAAGCUAUAUUGUAGGAGACAAUACAUAUAUAAACCCAAGGAAUAGUUUUUAUGAUGAAGAAAAAUAUUCUCAUUAUGAAAAAAACAAUAUACAUGAUAGUAAUACAAGGAUAUAUGAAAAAAGAAAAACAAGUAUUUUUAGUAAUAAAUAUGAAAAACCAUAUUAUAAAAAUAGUGUGGAUGAAAAGGACAAAGAUUAUUAUCAAAUAAAUAAUGAUAAGUAUGAUGAUAAAUAUGAUAAGUAUGAUGAUAAAUAUGAUAAAUACGAUGAUAAAUAUGAUAAGUAUGAUGAUAAAUAUGAUAAAUACGAUGAUAAAUAUGAUAAGUAUGAUGAUAAAUAUGAUAAAUAUGAUAAACAUGAUAAACAUGUUGACAAAUAUAAUUAUAAUGAAAAGGAUGAAUCACAUAGAGAUGACGAAUUUUAUUAUAAAAAAAAUAAAGAUCAGUAUGAAAGAGAAAAUAAAUAUAUUAAUCAUCAUAAUAAUUAUAAUUCAUAUAAAAAAGAAAAAUAUCAUGUAUAUACAAAUAAAAAACUUAUAAACAAAAAUUAUUAUUCAUAUAGAAAUAGUCAAGAUAAAGAUGAUAUACAAAAUAGAAAUGAAUAUAUUAACAAUAAUAUGAAAUAUAGUAAAAGAAAAGAUUCAGAUUUCUUUAAAAAAAAUUACAGGAAUUCUUUUAAGUACCAUCCACAUGAUUAUAAAUAUAAUCAAGAAACAAAUAAUAAAUAUCAAGGACCCUAUAAAAGGAAAAGUAGCAUUUUUACAAAUGAUUAA